AUGAUGAAACGACUCCUAAUCCCCACUAGACUGAGACUGGACUGCUUGAGGCGUAGCUCGAUUGAAGUGAUGGCGACUGCAUCUCUUCCACACGUUCCCGUGCUCUGCGAUACUGCUAUUGAUUACCUGCAACCCGUUCCCGGAGGCACCUAUUUCGACAUGACCUUCGGAGCUGGUGGCCACACGCGUCGUCUUCUGGAGAAGUGUCCCGAGGCGAAGGUCUUUGCCUUAGAUCGAGAUCCCAUAGCACACCAGCUGGCCCGCGAAAUGAGCGAAUCGGAGGAGUACAAAGGGCGUCUGAUUCCCCUCCUGGGCAAAUUCUCCGACAUACCAAAACUAUUCAAGGAACACGGCCUGGCCAAGCAUUCGGUGGAUGGGAUCCUCUUCGAUUUUGGCUGCAGUUCCAUGCAGUUCGAUGAGGCGGUAAGGGGCUUCUCUAUUUCCAAGGACGGACCCCUGGACAUGCGCAUGGAUGGGGGCCACAGCGGAGGAGUAACCGCCGCCGAAGUGCUUACCCACAUCGAAGAGGGGGAUCUGGUGAAGAUCCUACGAUUCUAUGGCGAAGAGAAAGCUGCCAAGAAGAUUGCCAGAGGUCUGAUAGACGCACGAAAGGCUCUCUUGAGAAUUGAGACCACCAGGCAGUUGGCGGACAUAGUAGAAAACAUCAUGGAUGGCGGAGCCAGAAGGGAUAAGCUACGAAGACCCGCCCACUCGGCCACGAAGACCUUUCAAGCCAUCCGCAUCUUUGUGAACAACGAGCUGAACGAGAUCAACUACGGCAUGGUUUUGGCCAACGAAAUCCUUCGUGUGGAUGGCCGCUUGGUCACCAUCACCUUUCACUCGCUGGAGGACACCAUCGUGAAGCGCCACAUCAACGGAAACGUUUUGGCCGGAGCCGCCAAUGCCUUGCCCCUCAAGUAUUCCAGUCACUAUGCCAUCGACGAACCGGAGAUGUUGGAAUCGCUCACAAAGAAAAACUGGAGGCAACUCCAUCGCCAUGUCAUCGUGCCGGAUGCCGAGGAAGUGGCCAGAAACACACGCAGUCGAUCCGCCAAGCUGAGAGCAGCCGUCAAAACAAACUAAACGCAUGUCAAUAAAAUCCCCUCGGUCUAGUCCAGAA